CCCAGCCCCGCCGAGCGCGCUCGCCUCCUCCCGCCGGCGCCCGCGCCGCUCCCCCGGGGCCGGGCCCGCGCCUCCAUGUCGGACAACCAGAGCUGGAACUCGUCGGGCUCCGAGGACGAGCGGGAGCCCGAGGCGGGGCCGCCCGUGGAGCGCUGCGGGACGCUCAGCAAGUGGACAAACUAUAUUCAUGGGUGGCAGGAUCGCUGGGUAGUUUUGAAAAAUAAUACCCUGAGUUACUACAAAUCUGAAGAUGAGACGGAGUAUGGCUGCAGAGGCUCCAUCUGCCUCAGCAAGGCUGUCAUCACGCCUCAUGACUUUGAUGAAUGUCGGUUUGAUAUCAGUGUCAACGACAGUGUCUGGUAUCUUCGUGCUCAGGACCCCGACCACAGGCAGCACUGGGUGGACGCCAUCGAACAGCACAAGACUGAAUCUGGCUAUGGAUCGGAAUCAAGCCUGCGUCGCCACGGCUCGAUGGUGUCCUUGGUGUCUGGAGCUAGCGGCUACUCUGCGGCGUCCACCUCCUCCUUCAAGAAAGGCCACAGUUUGCGUGAAAAAUUGGCUGAGAUGGAAACCUUUCGAGAUAUCUUGUGCAGACAAGUCGAUACUCUGCAGAAGUUCUUUGAUGCCUGUGCUGAUGCUGUCUCCAAGGACGAACUUCAAAGGGAUAAAGUGGUAGAAGAUGACGAAGAUGACUUUCCUACAACGCGCUCUGACGGAGACUUCUUGCAUAAUACCAAUGGCAAUAAGGAGAAGGUAUUUCCAUAUAUAACACCAAAAGGAAUCAACGGUAUAGACUUCAAAGGGGAGGCUAUAACUUUUAAAGCAACUACUGCCGGGAUCCUUGCUACACUCUCUCAUUGUAUUGAACUGAUGGUCAAGCGUGAAGACAGCUGGCAGAAGAGACUGGAUAAGGAAGGUGAGAAGAAAAGAAGGUUUGAGGAAGCCUAUAAAAAUGCUAUGAUAGAACUUAAGAAAAAAUCCCACUUUGGAGGACCAGAUUAUGAGGAAGGCCCAAACAGUUUGAUUAAUGAAGAAGAGUUCUUUGAUGCUGUUGAAGCUGCUCUUGACAGACAGGAUAAAAUAGAAGAACAGUCGCAGAGUGAGAAGAGCAGGUUGCAUCGGACUUCUUCCGUGCCGUCUGCGGAUGUCUACUCCUCCGUGGGGACUCACAGAUUUGUCCAAAAGCCCUGUAGUCGCUCUUCCUCCGUGUCUUCCGUUGAUGUAGUCAGUGCCUCUGACGAUGUUCACAGAUUCAGCUCCCAGGUUGAAGAGAUGGUGCAUAACCACAUGACUUACUCGUUACAAGAUGUAGGUGGGGAUGCCAAUUGGCAGCUGGUGGUAGAAGAAGGAGAAAUGAAGGUAUAUAGAAGAGAAGUUGAAGAAAACGGUAUUGUUCUGGACCCUUUGAAAGCGACUCAUGCAGUCAAAGGCGUCACAGGACACGAGGUCUGCAGUUACUUCUGGAACGUUGAUGUCCGCAAUGAUUGGGAAACAACUAUAGAGAAUUUUCAUGUGGUGGAAACAUUAGCUGAUAACGCGAUCAUCGUUUAUCAAACUCACAAGAGAGUGUGGCCUGCUUCUCAGCGAGAUGUAUUAUAUCUGUCUGCCAUUCGAAAGAUACUCGCCUUGACGGAGAACGACCCUGAAACUUGGAUAGUUUGCAACUUUUCAGUGGAUCACAGCAGCGCUCCUCAGAAUAACCGAUGUGUUCGUGCCAAAAUCAAUAUUGCUAUGAUCUGCCAGACCUUAGUAAGCCCCCCGGAGGGAGACCAGGAGAUCAGCAGGGACAACAUUCUGUGCAAGAUCACAUAUGUAGCUAAUGUGAACCCUGGAGGGUGGGCACCAGCCUCGGUGCUAAGGGCAGUGGCAAAGCGGGAGUACCCGAAGUUUCUGAAGCGCUUCACUUCCUACGUCCAGGAGAAAACUUCAGGAAAACCUAUUUUGUUCUAGUGUUAACAGUGACUGGAGCAAGGCUGUGUGAUAUUCCAUGUUGGAGAAUAAAAAAGAAUGCUCUGAGCUGGAACAUAGGAUCUGCAGCCUUGUCUGUGGCCUGAGAACUUGGCCUGGUGUACAGAAAUGAAGAAAUAACUUGAGAAGCAGAGCUGAACACCUCCCACUAGCUGUGUCCUGCUAGACCUUCUUGCUCAGCCUAUAACUGUUAUAAGUACAUGUACAACUACAUGUAUAUGGCUCUAUUUUUAUUUGCUUGCUCCUAAGAGACAAAAAAAAAAAAAAUAAUCAACUUUGAAUCACAACUAAGAAUUAAUGCUUUAAUUUUUGGAAACUUUUUCAGAAUUUUUAAUUUACUGUAGUCCAACCUAAGAUCCUCAGUCAUGUGAUGUUUUGUGCACACAGAAAAGCACAGAAUUGAAGUGCACAUGGGACAUGUGCUUUCUGUGCACCAAACACCUGAAUGGGCUUCUUAAAGGCCUGCAGUCCAAUCUGCGUCCAGAACUCUGGCUUCCCUGCUUUGAAUAAUCAGAACUCACCGCUGCUGGUUUCUAUAUCGAUACAUGUUGUCGUGUGAAGUGUCUUAAUAACUGAGGGCUGUCCAUAACCUGUGAGUUCUGCCUUUUCCAGAAUCUUGCUCCUAUGAAGAGCUCUUGUUCUGAUGGAGAAAGAGUGAAAAGCUUCCCCCCCGCCCCGCCAAUAACUUUAUAUUUCUAUUGUGUUUUUAGUUGUUUGCUGUGUGCUGCAGAUUUAUUUAACUUUGUUACAGAUACACUUUGGUGAUUCUGAAAUUGGUUCUGCCUGCCUCCACACAGAAACAUUGGACAAAUCCUGUAGCCAUAACCCCGUAGUCGAGAUAAAGUGAGCUCAUAGCUGCCUGAAGGUUGGAUGGUAUGACUAGAGCAAAUCAGACUGUUCCAGUUUGACUUUUCUUUGCUUUUCUAAAGCCAUUACCAGGGCUUCACACAUGUGCAAUCCCACUGCUCCCAAACCAGUUUCUUGGGGGGAGCAGUUGGCUUUUGUCUGUUUUCUCUUUAUUUCUUUCAGAGAGGUCUUCCUCUGGUGUCUUUACUAGGUGAGCUCUCUCCUAGCCCUUAGUUUGAAAUUUGAUUUAGUACGCAGUAAUACAUAGUUUCUUGUUUGUUUGGUUUGGGUUUUGGUUCUUGUCAUUUGGAUCAGUUUAAAAAGUAAGUUAGACAGAGAAAUGUGAGCAGAGUUCUGCUGCUGCUGAUCAGAGCAGCCAGCGAGGGAGUAAAGGUGCCCAUGAGGCUCAAACUGAAAGCCUUUUCUUAGUUACUCUAAGAAUGUAAACGUAAAAUACCUUGUUGUUGUAACUGUUGUUUGUUUGCUUUUGUUUUAGGCCUCUGUUU